CGAGUUCACUAAGGAGAGAGAGAAGAGUUCUCGAAGCGGAGAGUAUCAGAAACUGAGGGAGCGUCAGCAGUUUGACGAGGAUCUGAAGGGAUACAUGGAGUGGAUCACACAGGCAGAGGUCAUGGACAAUGACCAGGAGGGGCAAGGUCUGCUUCCACUACAGGAUGGAUCCGACACAGAAACCCUCUAUGAGCUGGAAGCACUCAACAAACUCAUGUAUUAUGUUCGACAUGCUCGUCGCUGGAACCGUUUUUUUAGGAGGAAAUGUCGUGCAUGGGUUAAGUCCAGGUUGUUCCAUUGGCUGGUGAUUCUGCUGGUGUUCUUCAACACUCUGGCAAUUGCAACCGAGCACCACGGUCAGACCGAGUCUCUCACCAACUUCCAAG